AUGCCUCUGAUUGGCUACCAUCUGUUGCGUUCAUUGGUUGGGUUGGUGAAGAAGGCCGUAGGAGGCUCGGCCCGUGGCAUGGCUCUCUACGAGGACGAUGUGAAUGAAGCUGAGGAUUCGGAGGAGAGGGGUCGUAUCCUGGUGUCACUGAUGUACAGCAGCCAGCAGGGUCGUCUGAUCGUAGGUGUGGUCCGCUGUGCUCACCUGGCCGCCAUGGACUCCAACGGAUACUCGGACCCAUUUGUUAAAGUAUUUCUGAGACCAGAUAUGGGAAAGAAAGCUAAAAACAAGACACAGAUAAAAAAGAAGACCCUCAAUCCAGAGUUUAAUGAGGAGUUCAGUUAUGAAAUAAAACAUGCAGAACUGGCCAAGAAGACUCUCGACAUCUCAGUUUGGGACUAUGACAUGGGCAAAUCCAAUGACUUCAUCGGUGGAUGUCAGUUAGGCAUCCAGGCUAAAGGAGAGAGUCUGAAGCACUGGUACGAAUGCCUCAAGAACAAAGACAAGAAGAUCGAGCGCUGGCACGUUCUGCUAAAUGACAGCACCGUCCAGUUUGAGGAUUAA